AUGUUUAGACCAAGCAGUAAAUAUCUCCUAAAAAAUUAUUGCUUUUUGUUUAGAACACAUACACGAUCGUUUUUAACAAAUGAAUAUAAAUGUGAAGAAGCAUGGGAUGCACAAAAGUCAUCGUCAUUAUUAAAUACUGUGAAUUUAAAUGAUUUUUUUACUACAUUAACUCAAAAUUAUACAUCAAAAGGUGUUAUUAGCGCAAUUGAUGUGGAUGUAUUUGCUAACGCUAUAAGAGAUUCUACAUAUCUUGAUGAACUGAAAGAACUUUUACACAAACUGAGAAUGUCAGCCGAAACUGGAAAUAUGCUUGAUUCAACACACCAUGCUACGAUCAGAAACUAUAUAAAAUUUGGAAACAUACAAGAUUUAGUUAACAUGCUUCGAGAUCCUUUAAAUUAUGGUAUAUUUUUGGACAAUUUCACAGCUAAUAUUUUAUUGGAUAAGCUAGUUACAUCCAAAAAUUAUGAAUUAGCUGCUAAUGUUGCAGCAUUAACAAUGUUGCAGGAGGAAUACUCAAAUGAAAUAACUUGUGCUUUGAGUCAGUAUGCCUGCUAUAAAUAUUUAACAGAAUGCAGUGAUAAUAUAAUUCAAGAGCCAGUGAAAGAAGAAGACAAAAAGAAAGAGGAAAUAAAAAUAAGAGUAAAAUUUCUCAGGAACCCUUAUUAUGAUGAUCAUUUUGACAUUAAAGAAAUAUCCAUCCUUUCUGGUAAGACAUUAGCCUGGAUUUCACAGCAAAGCAAUAACAACAUUGAUAGGAAUUUGCAAAUUAUAGGUUGGUUAUAUUACAAGAAGUAUGACCAAAUGUUAUCAUUUUGUGAAGUGUUACACAAAAUAAAAUCAUUUAAAAUCUACAAUGAAGUAAUAGAGUUGAUGCAAAAACAAUCUGAUAAAACUGAAGAAGCAAAGCAUAUUUUUGAUAGAUGUAUUUCUUUGCUGAAUGAAUGUUCAAAGGCUGAAAUUCCACUGGAGGAAUCUGUUAAGAAUUUAAUUGAAAAUGCCAUUAACAAGACUCAAAAAAAUGAUAUACUAAUGCAGCAAAAGUUAUUUGAAAUAUGGAUAAAUACAAGAGAGAACAAAUUGAAAGAACAAUUACAGAGACUUGAGAGAGCUCGACGAAUGGAAGCAAUUAAUUUAAAGCAAAAGGAGUUAGAAGGAGAGGAACAAAAACUAUGGUUCUUUGAAAAUGAAGACAACAUUGAUCUACAAAUUGAGGAAAAAGAAAAAUUGGUUGAUACUACAGCCAAAAAGAAAAGCGAACAGAACAAAUUAGAUGAAAAUUAUAUUCCACCUGAAAUAUUACCUAAACGUAAAUAA